UUUUUUUUUUCUUUCUAAUUUGUGAUAUUUUUAGUAAGUUUUUAUUAAUAACUUAAUAAAUGUCUAGCUCAAAUGUUUCUUUAGUAUAGUCCUUUUUUGCCCUAAAGGACCUUAUAUCGGUAAUGUAUGUCUACUUGUAAGUCUAUGACUUAAACAUAUUAAGUUACUAUAUUUUAUUAAGCUUUAUUAUUGAUAUAAAAUAGGACAUAAAUUAAUUUUAUAUUUAACACUAAUGAUGACACAUAUUUUUGAUAACGCCCUUAUAAUGUAUUUUAUCUAUGUUUAAUAUGUUAACAGAUGUAUUUUGACCAUAUGAUGUAUGAAUACUAUUACUUAUAUUUUGUAGAAUUUUUCAUAAUUUUUUUGGAGCCUCUAUCUAGCAUUUUGAGUGUAUCGACCCAUACCGUGUCGUGACGCCGCAAUUGAUGUAUAUCAGUGCCGUCCGAGUUGAUAGCUGAUAUCGCAACUUUGAACCAUGUUCUGAACUUAUGUUAUCUCUACAAUAGUUAUUACUUGUAGCUUAACAUUGUUUAAUGUUCAUUAGAUAAAUUAAACAUUUCUGUGCUAAUGUUUAUAAAUAUAUAGUGCUAGUCUACUUUUUGCAUUUACUGUACUUAAAGCUAAACUUCGCUUUACUACCUUGUGGGUUAGGCCCCUCGGCAUAUUACAUUCAAAAAAAGAAGCAACAUAGCCCUCGUGUGGAUUGUGGGUUAAAACCCCCAUCAGCUUCAGAAAAGGCAACAUAACCCUCGUGUGUGGACUAAAAUGCACUGUUUCCAGUUUAACUGCAAGUGCAUGAGUCAAGCAAGCAAGACUGAAGAUGAAAAAAGUAGUUUAAAAACAGAAAAUUAUUCUUAUAAUUAUCAUAAAAUACACAAAACCUUUAUCUUCUUUUUAUUCUUUCCCCUCUCUUCUCACUACCUAUCGACCGAUCAAUCGCUUCUUCCUAUGUUUAUAAUUCCUAGUUUUGUUGUAUGUAAACUACGUGUAUGUGUAUGUUGUUAUUUUUAAAGGGGAGGGAGGAGUUGUACAAAGAGACCUAAUCACGCCCCCCCCCUUCUUUUUUCUGGGGAGGGGGUUGUGAAAUUUUCCUUGACUUGACUAUAACUGGUUACUAUUUCUUCAACAGCAUUUUUAGCACAUGGUUAUCUUCCUUCACUUGCAGGUAAUGAUUCUAGCGGACAGAAUGACUGGAAAGGUGCAUGGUGGCAUAGUAGUUUCACAACGGAUACAGGUUUUGUGGAGGAAGACAGUCCUUAUACAUCAUCUGGCUCAAAGGGCACAUACUAUUUUGAAUUUUCUAGGCCUCUAAGAACCAUGGAUCGCCUUCAACAGUUGAUGGCAAUCCUUGGCAUGGAUCAGGACACUAUUCUGUCAGUUGUGACUGGGUACCUUUUGACAUCUCCUUGGGCUCUUUUGUGCUACCCAAAUUGUCUUCAAGAAGCUCUUGGGAUGCUGCGAGUGCCUUUGCUCUCAUCUUCUCUGUUUUAUCAGUCUGCAUUUCUGUUUUUAUUGGUUACUGGGUUUCUAAAAGCAAACCUGAUCUUUGUUGGACAUGCAACAACACACCAACUUUGUAGUCACGGCCUCACCCGGAGGUCUGGGCAAACCACUGGCCGUUGCACCAGAUCUGCAUCUCCAUUAAUGGAAGUGUCGCCUUCCUAUGUUCUACUGGGACCACCAGUGAGGACCUCGGAGCUAAUCAGGGUUGCACCUGUAUCCUGGGCUUCUGUAGUAGGCUAUUCCCUCGUUUCCUGUCAACGUGUGCUGCCACCAGCUUCUUUAACUUGCCAGCCUGACUAG